GAAAAAGAAAAAUGGUCCACCACAUUAUCUAGUCAUCUCUACCAACUCUAUUGUACGAAGAAAGAUGAUAAGAGGAUUAAGGACAAUAGAAAGACAAUCAACGGUUUUUGUUUGAGCUUUUCUUCGCCGGCGACUAGCGAUUUUCCGGAGAAGACGCGUGUUGGCUUCGUCAGUCACAAUUCUCUUGCUGCUUGCUUUUCCAUGGUGUCGAGAUCUUGUGCAAAUUUUCUCGACUUAGCAUCUUGGGACUUGUUGGACUUUCCUCAAACUCAGAGAGCUCUUCCUCGUGUCAUGACUGUUCCUGGCAUCGUCUCUGAGCUAGAAGGAGGCUGCGGUGAUGGGUCCUCCGAUGUUAGUUCCUCCCACAGCUCCCACGAGCGGAAGAUUAUAGUGGCUAACAUGUUACCUCUACAAGCCAAGAGAGACACAGAAACUGGACAGUGGUGCUUUAGCUGGGACGAAGAUUCUCUCCUCCUGCAGCUGCGAGAUGGGUUUUCUUCCGAUACGGAGUUCGUCUAUAUAGGAUCACUUAAUGCUGAUAUUGGCACGAGUGAACAAGAAGCGGUUUCUCAAAAGCUUCUCUCGGAUUUCAACUGCGUCCCUACGUUUUUGCCUCGGGAGAUGCAAGAAAAGUUCUAUCGCGGUUUUUGUAAACACCACCUGUGGCCGCUCUUCCACUAUAUGCUUCCCAUGUUCCCUGACCACGGCGAUCGUUUUGACCGGCGUCUGUGGCAAGCCUAUGUUUCUGCAAACAAGAUAUUCUCGGACAGGGUGAUGGAAGUCAUCAACCCUGAGGAAGAUUAUGUUUGGAUUCAGGAUUACCAUCUGAUGGUUCUUCCCACGUUCUUGAGGAAGCGGUUCAACAGAGUCAAGCUCGGGUUUUUCCUUCACAGUCCCUUUCCUUCAUCAGAAAUCUACCGCACUUUGCCAGUCCGGGACGAUAUUCUGAGAGGACUGUUGAACUGUGAUCUCAUUGGUUUCCACACGUUUGAUUACGCUCGCCAUUUCUUGUCAUGCUGCAGUAGGAUGCUUGGCCUUGACUAUGAAUCUAAGCGAGGGCACAUCGGGCUUGACUACUUUGGUCGAACGGUGUUCAUCAAGAUUCUUCCUGUUGGCAUCCAUAUGGGUAGGCUGGAAUCUGUUUUGAAUCUCGCCUCCACUGCAGCGAAAAUGAAAGAGAUUCAAGAACAGUUCAAGGGGAAAAAGUUGAUUCUCGGUAUAGACGACAUGGACAUCUUCAAAGGGAUAAGCCUCAAACUUAUAGCCAUGGAGAAUCUCUUUGAGACGUAUUGGCAUAUGCGAGGUAAAGUUGUCCUGAUUCAGAUUGUGAACCCAGCACGGGCCUCGGGUAAGGAUGUGGAAGAAGCAAAGAGGGAGACGUAUGUAACUGCAAAAAGGAUCAAUGAGCGGUAUGGUUCCCCUGGAUAUCAGCCAGUUAUCUUGAUCGAUCGUCUUGUUCCCCGUUAUGAGAAGACUGCCUACUACGCUAUGGCAGACUGUUGCCUGGUGAAUGCGGUAAGAGAUGGCAUGAACUUAGUUCCAUACAAAUAUAUCAUUUGCAGGCAAGGGACUCCAGGCAUGGAUAAGGCCAUGGGCAUUAGCCAUGAUUCACCACGCACAAGCAUGCUUGUGGUCUCUGAGUUUAUCGGCUGCUCGCCUUCUCUGAGUGGCGCCAUCAGGGUGAACCCAUGGGAUGUAGAUGCUGUCGCAGAAGCUGUUAACUUAGCCCUCAAAAUGAGUGAGACUGAGAAGCGGAUGAGGCAUGAGAAACACUAUCACUACGUUAGUACUCACGAUGUGGGGUAUUGGGCAAAGAGCUUUAUGCAUGAUCUGGAGAGGGCCUGCCAGGAACAUUAUAAUAAACGCUGUUGGGGUAUUGGUUUUGGUUUAAGUUUCAGAGUUCUCUCCCUGUCUCCGAGCUUCAGGAAGCUAUCUAUCGAUCACAUUGUCUCGACGUACAGAAAUACAGAGAGAAGGGCUAUAUUUUUGGACUAUGACGGCACUCUCGUUCCUGAGACCUCCAUCAUCAAAACCCCUAAUGCCGAAGUUCUCUCUGUUCUGAAAUCUCUGUGUGGGGAUCCUAAAAACACCGUCUUUAUCGUCAGUGGAAGAGGCUGGGAGUCUCUGAGCGACUGGCUAUCUCCGUGUGAGAAUAUUGGAAUAGCAGCUGAACACGGAUACUUCAUAAGUUCUUUAAAACAAGUGGCUAAUCUCGUGAGCACUAGAGUAUUUGAGAUCAGGGAGAAGAUAAAAUGCUGUUAUCUUUGUGGUCUCCAAACGCCGUCGUUUCGAGCAGUUUUAGUGAUGAGAAGUAAUCUUCUGUUUCUGGGUAUUAUCGUUCUGCUCUUCUCUGGGUUUGUAGCUUCAGCUCCUUCAUCAACUUCACCAGCGAAGAUUGUUAAUGGUUUCAUCUCGAAUCAUGGACCAUCCCUUUUGAAAUGGCUAUGGUCCCUCAAAACCACCAAAAAAACAGUGGUUCCUACGAAAUCGAUGGUGAAAUUCGAAAAUGGGUAUUCAGUGGAGACGGUGUUAGACGGAAGCAAACUCGGAAUCGAACCCUAUUCUCUCGAGGUCUUGCCCAAUGGCGAGCUGCUUAUUCUGGAUUCUGAGAAUAGCAACAUUUACAAGAUAUCCUCCUCUCUUUCCCUAUAUAGCAGACCGAGGCUUGUUACUGGCUCCCCUGAAGGAUAUCCUGGCCAUGUCGACGGUAGAUUAAGAGACGCGAGGUUGAACAAUCCAAAGGGACUUACUGUGGAUGAUAGAGGAAACAUCUAUGUUGCAGAUACUGUGAAUAAUGCCAUCAGGAAGAUCAGUGAAGGAGGUGUUACAACCCUUGCUGGGGGGAAAACGGUCCAUGGGGGAGGUCAUGUGGAUGGUCCGAGUGAAGAUGCAAAGUUCUCAAAUGAUUUUGAUGUUGUUUAUGUUGGAAGCAGCUGUUCCUUGCUAGUCAUUGACCGAGGAAACCGAGCCAUUAGAGAGAUUCAGCUCCAUUUCGAUGACUGUGCUAAUCAGUAUGGAAGUGGCUUCCCUCUUGGGAUUGCAGUUCUUAUAGCGGCAGGUUUCUUUGGUUAUAUGCUGGCUCUAUUGCAACGAAGGCUUGUUUCUAUCGUUUCAUAUAACACUGAUCAAGAAAUAUACAAAGCCGUUCCGGAUCAACAGCCUAUGAAACCAGUCAGACCACCUCUGAUUCCAACCGGAGAUGAGCAAGAGAAACAAGAAGAAAGUCUCCUCCUACCGUUCCGCAUAUUCAUUUCGAAUGCUAAGCUGUUUUUAGCGGAGCUCUUCAGUGGAAUGUUUCCUGGCCUCAAAAAGAAGCAGACACUCAGCUUCAGCUUCAAUCACCAAGACACAAAUCUUUCUGCUUUUAGCACAGCUACAUGGCCAAUCCAAGAGAGCUUUGUGAUACACGACAAAGAUGAACCACCUCCCAUCGAGACCAGGAACCCGACUCCCCAAAAAACUUACCCUUUCAUGUCCAAAGACGCAGAGAAAAUGCAACAAUUGCGCCAGAGCCGUGCCUUGUUCAGAAGCUUGGAUCCAGAAUUCCUCCAAGAGCAGCAGCAACAGAUUCAUAAGCAGCAGCAGCAUCACCGUAGGCAUCACUCAACGAUCCCGCAGACUCAUUAUGAGCGGAUCAGUGAGAAGACCAACGAGAUUGUGUUUGGGCCUGUCCAAGAGCAAGACUGGAGUCGUGUGGCAGCAUCAGCUACUGCUAAGCCUACGGAGUUUGGAGAUCAGAAUCUUCAUUACAGAGCACACCAAUCUAAAAAGAUGAGCACUUCCAUAAAGAUUCUUAAAGCAAGCGUUCUCCACAAAGCUACUUUGAGCAUAAUUUACAAAAGAUACAAAGACUUCCUCUGCUUCCAUGUUCUGUUAACUGAAACCUACUCAGCAGAGGAAGGACCACGAGCUGCAGCGUUUUCCUCAGCCAUCUUUGAAAAUCCUUCAACACUGUACCUUAAUAAUAUCAUCUAUGCUUGCAUGAGGAAGAGACAGAGCAGAGUUAGUCUCUUGAUCAGUGCGCUCCUGUGCAUCAUCAAAGCUAAUCAGGUCCAUAAGAUCAUCAGAGGGUUUCGAUUAUCGAUAUCCUUUAGGUUUUCUCCAGAGAAAAUGUGGUACAUUGAUCAGAUGCUCAAGGUUCUGUCGGAGAGCAUUAUACAAAGCAGUCUUGGUUGCUCUACUGAAGCUGUCAUCCCGGUUUCCUUCUACCUCAGACAGAAAGGGAGUCUUCUCCUUGAAAUGCAGCAGAGAGCUAUUGAGUUCAAUUCUAUAGUUGACAGGCAUAAAAAAAUCAGGUGGCUAAUCGAAAUCCCUUGUUUGUCUCUCCCUCAUCCAUCUUCUAGUGCAAAUUUUCAUUUUGUACUCUCUCUCUCUCCAAAGCUCAUGAAAGCGAGGUCUUUACUAGAUGAGGCUACCUUCAAGGUGAGGAGGACUGGCACUUUGCCUGCGUCAGUUUCAACAAUGGCCAAGCCUUCAGUUAGUAGUAUUCCAAAUGGUGUUGCUGCAGCUCCACUAGUGGACUUGCUGGACCUGAGU